AUUUUGCAGAGGAGUGAUUCGAUUCGAUUCGUUGCGCUUGCGCAUUCUAUAUUACUAUUUCAUUUCCUUUCCUUUCCGCAAUCAUCAAUCAAAACAAAAAGCAAAGUUAUUAGUUCCAAAUUCACACCCUUUCUCUAUCGAAUAUCCGCACCACUCAACAACUCUAGCUUUCCGUGUUUUUGGCUUUCUUUCCCUCCAUGCCAUGCUUUUUUUCUUGGUAGCUUAAUAAUAAGCUCACGACUCACGACUCUCAGCACCAACCAACAAAAAAUGGAAGAAACAUCAAUGUAUCCAAAGGUGAAAGUCAGGGAACAAGACGAUCAAGAGGAUUUCAAGGGACCUUCUUUGCUUCCAUUGAAUGAUGAUUCUUCUUUUCCAGCAAAGGAAAAUGAAGAAAUUUCUCCAGCAUAUGUUGCAAAAAUUCCAAAGUCUUAUGUACCAAACGUACUUGUGUCAACAACUUCUGUAUCUGAAAGUUUGAUUAUGCCCACAAUUUCUGCAUCUGAAGGAGCAGGGGAAAUUGACAAAAAGAUUGAUGAGGAUGAUAAAAUAACUAUUAGAGCCAGCUCAAUCCUGCGUCCACGUGCUGUCUUAUCUAGUCCAGAUGACGUGAUGAUUGGGAAUAAAAAUAGGGUCAAAGCAAAACGACCUUCAGGUUUGAAGAACCACAACUUGGUUCAAAGCAGACAUGCACAGUGCAAGAUUAUCUCGAGCAACAUCACUAAAUCUACUGUUCACACAAGGAAAUCCAAGGAUGCCGAUGAUAGUAAGGGCGACCUUAGAGGAAAGAAAGGGUCCACAGUAGCAGUUCCAAGUCAAAAAAGAUACCUCAGGACUAACAAACCAAGCUCUGUGAAAACUUAUAGUGUUAGAUUAUAUGCCGGUGCCAACUGA